AUGGAAGACAUCCGAGUCGAAGACUACCUAGACGAUAAGCUACAGUCGACAACCGACUUCGAGGAGUUGGACACGUUGAUCAGCAGCGUCGAGUACCAGCGCAGCCAGUUGCAGUCCCAGCUCGAUGAUGCCUCGCGAGAACUAGACGAGGCGCGCAAGUCCUCGGAAGAACGCGGCGCCGCCCUCGUGGCUCAGAUCGACGAGUUCCAAACUCUCCAGAAGAGCAUCGACGUUCGCCUCCAGAUUAUCGCCGAAUCUGACGCCCCCGAUGAGGCCAUCCGUCGUCUCGAGCCGCCUAUGAAGCAGCUCCACAAGGUUGACCUCGCCUACCGAUACCUAUCGCUGUUAUGGGAUGAGAUGAAGGAGACCAUGUGGGAUGAACUCGAGUCCGUGCUAGCCAAGCGUGGGUGGCCGAACGUGGACCCGGACACGGAUGUGGAUGACGAUUGGCUCCAAUGCUUCGAGAAGCUUGUUGACUUGCAAGCACCCGAGGUCUUGUACUCGCCCAGCACCGUCAGCCUGCUGCCCGUGGAUGUGAUGUCCCAGAUAUUCAUCAAGGAGUUCCGCUUCCAUUUUCUCAGCGACAAGCCGACCAGCAGCCCGCAGGUUAUCACGGCCCACUGUUUUCCAUGGUUCUUAGCUUUGGUCGAGAAGUGGGAGGACUUCUUAAGGGACAAUUUUGGUUCAGCCCUGGCCGCCAAGUUUGGCGACACCAACGUUGCACACAAAAUAGUGUACAUGGACCCUGUCUGUGCCUUCAUAACCUCCUUGCUGCCUGUCAUGAGGGAGAAGAUUGCCCUUACUAUCUCUGAGACGUCUGGAGAUACCGUAUUUUUGAGUAGCCUGCUCUCUCAACUAAUGACCUUCGACGAGAGGCUCAGCUCCGGGUUUGCCUAUGACGGCGGGGGCCCUGAGGAAGAAUGGGGUGGGCUGACCUCAGAAGUGCUCAGCCAGCACUUCAGGACAUGGCUAGAUGCCGAGAAGAAGUUUGCGCUGGAACGUUAUCAAGCCAUCAUGACGGCACCAGACGCCAGGAAUAUCGACUACGACUUCGCCGCUACUGGGAAGACCAAGCCCACGUUUGCCGCCGUCCGGGUCACCGAUCUCCUUCGGUCCGUUACGACCCAGUAUGAGCGCGUCAAACGCUUCUCUCACAAGCUGCGCUUUCUCAUCGACAUUCAACUCACGAUUUUGGACGAGUACCACGACCAUCUCAGGGGCACGCUCGAGGCGUACCUAAGCAUUACCUCGACAGUAGGCAGAGCCUUUGGUGUAACCAAGGAACAGCUAGCCGCUCUCGAAGGCACGGGUGCCCUUGAGACGCUGUGCAAGGUGUACGGCAGCGCCGACCAGAUUGUCAACACCCUGAGAGACUGGAGUAAUGAAGAGUUCUUCGUUACAUUGUGGGAGCAGCUCCAGACACGGGCCAAAGUCACCGAGGACCAGACUAACCUCGCUGGCGGCAUGAGCUAUGACCACGUUCGGGACAAAACGUCAGCGGCCGUUGGCAAAGAAAACGACGACAAUGGCAUUCUCUUCGAUGAGACCAUCGCUGCAUAUAGUCAAAGACGGAAGCGGGCCGAGGAGUUCAUCUCAGAGGCCCUCGUCGAGACACACCGGAAGGUAUUCAAGGCCUAUCUCCACCGCCCGCAAUGGAGCACGAUUGCCGACGAUGCUUCGGGCGAUAUCGCCGUCACGGCGGAGCUAGACGAACCUUUAAGAGUAAAUAUUCCCUUCGUCUCCGGCGGUACCUUGGCUAACCAAAGACAGAUUCUGAAACGCGAUCUGGACUUCCUCCAGCGUGCCCUUGGAACAGCCGCCUUCCGCCGGGUCUGGCGUGAGGCGCUCGAACAGCUCAACAACACCCUGUGGGGGGAGGUCCUGAUGAGCCACAGAUUCACCGCGUCAGGGGCAGCCCAGUUCAGCCGUGACCUGCACGCCAUCUCCGCCCUUGUCGAACGGUUCAUCCCCGACGGUUCCAGCUCGCUGGGGAGCGUUAGCGACGCUCUCCGGUUGCUGAACCUCCCCAUAGAGGCCCCGGAGGGGGGCAUGUCGCUUAGACGGGCGACGGACAUGGUGUACACGGGACAACACGGAGGCGAAGAAAGUUUUUGGACGAGCUGGAGGUCGACUUGUUGA